AUGUCAGUAGUCAGGUUUGGUCCUUCUGGCAGCAACCCGGUCUGUAUACACUUCACAGAGGAAAAUUGGGCUACGAGAAUGAAUAGCGAAGAACAUCUGCGGGACCUGUUUUCUGGUAGGUUGCAGAUGGCUGAAUCAUCCAGCAGCUUGGUUUUCUUUUGUUUCCAACCUAAUGAGAGUGUGUGA